AUGUCCAAGCUCUUGACCGUCUUCGGCGCCACGGGAAACCAGGGCGGCUCCGUCAUCAACGCCGUGCUCGCCGACGCCGCCCUGUCGCGCGACUUCAAGAUCCGCGCCAUCACCCGUGACGUGUCCAAGCCCGCGGCCCAGGCCCUGGCCGCCAAGGGCGUCGACGUCGUGGCCGCCGACCUCGACUCCAAGCCCUCGCUGGCCCAGGCCCUCAGCGGCUCCCACACCGUCUUCCUCGUCACCACGCCCGACUUCGCCUCGGGCCAGAGCCAGGAGCUGGCCCACGGGCGCGCCGUCGCCGACGCCGCCCACGACGCCGGCGUCUCCCACAUCGUCUACUCGUCCCUGCUGCACGUCAGCGACGCCACGGCCGGCCGCCUCGCCCACGUGGCGCACUUUGACGGCAAGGCCGACGUCGAGCGCUACAUCCGCGCCCGCGGCCUGCCCUGCACCUUUGUCCUGCCGGGCUACUUCAUGACCAACUUCACCGCGCUGCAGAUGCUGGCGAGGGGCGACGACGGCGUCUACUCGCUCGCGUACCCGGUGGGCGGGGAGGCGCAGUUUCCGCUCGUCGACGCAGAGGCUGAUAUCGGCAAAUUCGUCGUCGCCGCCAUCAAGAACCGCUCCACCCUGCUCGGCAAGCAAGUCCUCGCCGCCGCCGACUACUACACCCCGGCACGCAUCGUCGCCGAGUUCGAGGAGGUGACGGGCAAGCAGGCGCGCUUCCUGCAGGUCGACGCCGACACGUACAAGAGCUUCCUCCCGGCCCCCAUGGCCCAGGAGAUGCUGGAGAACCACCUGUUCAUCGAGGACCCGGGCUACUACGCGGGCGAGAGCCUCGACGAGAGUCGGCGUCUGCUGGCCGGGGUUGGCUUGGCGCCCACCACGUGGAAGGAGUUUCUGGGGAAGAACAAGGGCGCGUUUCGGUGA